AGAAAAAUAGAAUAUAAAAAUGAAAAAUAAUGAGUGAAUAGCUUUAAUUCUUCGUUUUUCUCAGAUCUUGAAAGUAAAUUAAAUGCUGAACGCUUAUCAUUAAAACAUUCAAAUGAAGAAUUAAUUCAAACACAAAAAGAAGUUCGUACACUUGAAAUGGAUUUAAAACAAAUAACAACAAAUUAUAAUCAGUUAUCACAUGACCAUGAAUUAUUAAGACAGUCGAAUAAACAUAUUAUUGAACAAAUUGAAUCAAAUAAUCAGCAUCAAACACAAUAUGAUAAAGAUUUAAAACAAUUACAACAAGAAUUUGAUAAUUCAUUAAAUAAAGAACAACAAAUAUUAAAUGAAUUAAAUCAAAUACUUAAAGAAAAUGAACGUUUAAAUAAAGAAUUGUGUACGAUUAAUAACGAAUAUGAAAAUAUAAAAAACAAAGUUAUUGAUUAUGAAAAACAAAUUGAAGGUUUGAAUUUGUUUUUAAUCGAAAUAUAUAUUUAUUAGCCAUUUCAGGCAAAGCGGGACAUUGUUCUGAAUAAGUUCUUUUUGUAUAGACAAAUAAAGUUUAUCUUCAUCUUUCAUAAAAUUUCACUUACGUAUUCAUAUGUCUAUAUCUCAAACCUAUCGAUUUAAAGAUACUCGAAAGUUUCACAGCAGAAAUACAGUACAAAAUUGUAAAAAUAUUUUUUCCUAUCGAUCAGUGAAAGUAUUAGUUUCUAAAUUUUAAUAAUAAACGUUAAUAUAGUUAUCUUGAAAAAAAAACGAGUAAACUCAAUUUUAUUAUUCAUCCGAAUUCUAUCUUAAUCCUUUGAUCUGAUCUGCUGUUAGGGGCAUGCAGUUUCAGUAAACUGACCACCGAUACUGUCGCACCGGCAAACACCGGUAUA